AUGGAGCUAGGCCUGGAUCCCCUGCAUUCACAGGUACACUACCUACUUUACCAGAGGAAAAGAGGCUUUCUCGAGAGCGUGUGGUCUCAGUACCAGACGAGUAGCGGCAGUUUCCAAGAGCAAUGGUACCAAGACGGUUCGGGACAGUGGGUACAAAGAUAUGGCCAACAAGAGGGACAUCUUCGAACACACCAGAUUGGUCAGCAAGGUCCACCUCUUGGCGAGUGGGUCGACAAGGUCGGUGUGGUUCCCGCUGUGUCUCCAGAACACCUGAGAAAACUGGCUAUUGCGUCGCUGCAAGCUGAAGCAGCUAAACUACGUCCUCCAGGACUUCCCCUGGUCCCUGGAAUCGAGACCAGCCCGGAACAGCAAGUACUGAACGGCGAAGGGCCUCCGCCUGCCACAACCACCACAAAAGCUCCUUUGGUCGUGCCAUCGUUCACAGGACUUAGUCCAGAAACCCUUAGACCUCCAAGGUCUCACAAACCUUUACCGGUUCAGGAUGAAAAUUUAGAGAACGAAGCCGUCCCGGAUUCCCCAAUCCAGCAGGACGCUUCUGUUAAGGAGGAAAAUGACGGCGGGUUCAUCCCUCCCGGCCAUGGUGGCGUUCCUCCAGGGCAUGCCAAGAGGGGUGGAGGUGGUGGCGGCAAGCAUAGAAAAGGAGGUCGUGGGAGGGGGAGGGGUCGUGGUGGAGGCCACGGAGGGGGACGGGGCGGAGGGCGUGGAGGGGGACACGGAGGUGGACACGGAGGGGGACACGGAGGGGGACCCCGAGGUGGGCACGGAGGUGGAGGCGGGGACAGGUGGGGAGGCGACUACGACGAUUACGACGGGGGGCCACAAAGGCCAAACCGACCCUACCCCGAAGAGCCGCAGCCCAACCCGCCUCAACCUACGCGGCCAGUUCAACCGCCAGUAGGGGAUGUCUCCGGACCGGUACCCAUAGAUGUUGGUCCUGAAGAUGGGGACCCUAACAACCUGAGGGCAUUGCAGCCACUGUGCGGUGUUCGGAGCCUGGCAUUUGCGGAAGAUACCAAGAGUGAUUACCAGACUGUGCCCUUCAUCGUCGGAGGCAAUGUGACGACGCACAGGAGUUGGCCCUGGAUGGCCAAACUCGAAGUACUGAACCCGGAUGAGGUGACGUACAAGUUUUUGUGUGGCGGCAGUAUCAUCUCUUCGCGCUAUAUGCUCACAGCCGCACAUUGUUUCAGUCCAGUUCCCGAGCGGGCCCAGAACUACCGGGUGGUGUUUUUCUCGCCCCGGCCCGGAAGGACCCUGGAGCGUAUCGUAGAGAAGAUCGUGAUCCACGAGAAGUACAGCAGCUACUCGCAUUACUACGACAUCGCGGCGGUGCGCUUCGAUAGGGACCUGCUGCGACCCUUUAUGCCCAUCUGCCUGCCCACGCCCUCUUACGCCAGCAGACAGCUCGCCGAGAAGGUGGCACACGUCAUCGGAUGGGGAUCGACCAAAUUCGGGGGACCUAGCAGCAAAGAGCUCCGCGAAGUGGAGCUCCCGAUUUGGUCCAACGCGGAAUGCAAGAAAGUGUUUGACCCGCUUCAUUCUCAGCACAUCGACAAGGGCAUUGUACCAGCCCAACUCUGCGCGGGACGCAGGGAGGGUGGCGUCGACGCGUGCCAGGGUGAUUCUGGCGGACCACUCAUGUACCUGGACGAGAAGAAGCGAUGGACGCUAGUGGGCAUCGUCUCGUUCGGCCACUCGUGUGCCAGCCCCAACUUCCCGGGAGUGUACACAAGGACUCCAUCGUACAUGGACUGGAUACGGAACCACGUUAACUUCACGGCAUGACCACACUGAUGCACUUCCUCGAAGUGCGCCUUACGCAAAAGGGACUCGCCCCUCACAGGGUUCGGCCGGAAUCUUCCAUCAAGUCAGCGUUCCACGAUGUCGAACACUCUUGACAAGAGCACACUACCAGAGGAACUGAUUCGGGGCUGGUUUCGAUAAGCGACUUGCUUCGACCUCGUGAAUGACAGUUGACAUGUGUGAUGCAGGACGACGAUGAGACUAGCUUGGAUGCGUUGAAAACUGCUGCAACACACAUCUGGAGGAAUGCUAUGCACAAGUACAAUACUCGAUCUGGGUUGAAGUAAGCGGGAGGAUCAAAU